CUUAGCAGCCGUCCCGCUCAGCGAUGGCUCAAUCCGGGUUACUCGGAUCUUGACCCCUUUUGAUCUUUGUCUCCGAUGCCAUGUCGUUGCCAGAAAGCUCUUUGAAUGAUCGGCUUCGGGAGAUUCUUCAGCAACUGAUUGCGGAGCUGGAUCGGCAAUCCACGGCGCUGAAAAGUUUGGAAACGGACUGGCCGGAGUCGUCCACGCCGGUGCAGCUUGAGCUGUGUGAACACGACGUCGCGACCACUGCGGCGGCGGGUUCGGCCGCGGACGACAGGCCCAGCAGCAAACCCGAGAGCAAGCCGAAGAUGUUGCAUUUUGACUCCGGGCAAACUCUCGAAAUCCGCGAGGUCGAAGGAGAGCGGCUAACGCCGGCGGACAGCUUCCAGCAGCUACAGUGCUCUUCCACAUGGACCGAGGCGAACCGCGUGAACGUCUAUGAGGAGACGGUGGACUUGGGUGACAACGUACGCCAUCUGCCCGUGAAGCAGCUGAAGCAAACGCCGGCAGGUCAAGUGGCCAUGAACAUCGACCAGCAGAGGCGCCUCACACUGAUAGCCAUGCGUGAAGAGAAGACGAGGCAUUUCCAAUGGAAGAAACCUUGGUACGUGAUCAACCCAGAGAGCAGCAAGUAUGCCACCUACUGGCAGUUUCUCACUUUCGCAGCGAUGGUCUUCGUAGCAUUCGUGACUCCGAUCCAGGUGGGCCUUUUUCCAAUCCGCCUGGAUAGUUUGCUGAUCCUGAGCCUUUGUGUCGAUGGGAUUUUUCUAGCGGAUAUGGCACUGCAAUUCUUCACCAUGUAUCCCAAACGAAGCUCCCGGGGGAUUAUUUGGGAGGACCGCCUGACACGGAUCACCAGACACUACCUGAAGACUUGGUUCUUCCUGGACUUCACCACUUUGGUGCCCUUUGACUUAAUCAGCUUGGCCAGCGGCGCAGAUAGCUUGAAGGAAUUCAAAGGCAUCAAAGUGGUCCGUGUCUUGCGGCUUUUGAAACUGAUGCGAAUCUUCCGAACCUCCAAACUGAUUCACAAACUGGAAGUUGCCCUGUCGAUACCUUAUCAGCAGAUGGCGCUCAUCCGAUUUCUUCUGAUUUUAAUUCUUGUGUGUCACUGGAUGGCUUGCCUAUGGGCCAUGACCUUGAAUUUGGCCGACAGUUAUUAUCCCAAGUGGAUCGACGGCAUUGCUGAAAUCGACAGAACCUUUGGCAUCAACACCUACGAGUCCGAGAUCAGGAUUUACGCUGCGGCAUUUUAUUUUUGCAGUUACACCAUGACGUCGGUGGGCUACGGCGACAUCGGGCCACAGAACAUCUUCGAACGGAUCACCUGCACAGUCAUCGUGUUGGUGGCGGGACUUUGCUGGGCCUACAUUCUGGGCGAAGUUGGGGCCAUCGUGACCGACAUGAACGCCGAGAAGCAAAGCUUCCGCAAGAUGAUGAAUGGAUUGAACAAGAUGAUGCAGGAGCAGGGUUUACCACAUGAACUCAGAAGGCGGUUGAGGAGUUUCUUCUUAUCCAACAAACAUCAAGCCCAGUUUGCUAGAGAUCAGAAGCUGCUUCGGGGCAUGAGCCCUCAACUGCAGGCUGAGGUAUCCAUCACGUUGAACUGGCAGUGGCUGGUGAAAGUGCCCUUCUUCCGCGAGUUCAUCAAGAUGAUGGAUAUCAAGGAGAUGAGUGGAAUCAAUACCGAUCCCUAUCGCGCUUGCAUCGCAGAUGUGGCCCACCACAUGGACACCGGGGGAGUGGCUGAACAGUUGGCAGUGGGCAAAACUUAA